AUGUCAGACCUUGUGAUUCGCGAAGUGAUCCAAAACGUAUGGACAUUUUCCAAACCUUUCGCGCGGUUUGGGAUCUUUCCGGUUGGGGGACGCUCAACUGCUGUUCGCUUGCAAUCGGGAGACGUGUGGCUCUUGGCUAGCACUCCUCUCAACGACGAGACCAAGGCGAAACUGAACGAACUAGGAACAGUCAAGUACAUAUGCGGCGCAGAUGCAGUGCACCAUCUCUUCCUAGGGCAGUAUAAGAAAGCAUAUCCCGAAGCAAAAAUGAUUGGCGUUGCUCCGCUUGUUGAGAAGAAAAAAGGAGAGUUUGAAUUCGAUGGAGUCUAUGGGCGGGAUCCUCCAGGAACGCAAUACGGAUAUGAGCCAGAGAUUCAAGCGUGCUACUUUUCUGGAUUCCAGAACCAGGAUGUGGCGUUUUUACAUGCACCCAGCAAAACCUUGAUCCAGGCCGACUUGUUGUUCAACCUUCCAGCCAAAGAACAGUACUCAAAGUCAAAGUCGUCUGGCAAGUUCCCAUUCUUUGGCAACUUGGGACCCAUGAUGCGAUCUCACAAGACGUUUCUAUGGAGUGCCGGACGGGACAAAAACGCCAUGGCCCGCGACGCAAAACGGUUGCUGGAUGGGAUUUUGACCGCAUUAUUCCAUGCCAUGGGGUAA